UCACAACGCGAAUCGAAUAGCCAACGCCCAACGGAUAUGCGUCUCUCUCUCUCUCUCUCUCUCUCUUAUGACUGUUAUCUAGUCGGACAUCGGCAGAAAGACCGCUGACCUCGGCCUCCUUUUAGUCCCGUUCACUCUGCCUCUCCCGUUUGCUUCUUAACGAAAUAAGGGAGAAUAAGAAAGAGAGACAACGGAAGGGAAGAGAAGCCGCUAAUAGAUUACGAGUCUCUGAAUCAGAUCGAUCGGAGAUCUGAGGACAUUUCUGAUCGAUCUGUUCUCCUUCCGCUUCAGCAAAGAUGAAUAUAUUCAGAUUAUCGGGGGACAUGACCCAUCUCGCCAGCGUUCUCGUCCUACUCCUCAAGAUCCACACCAUUAAAUCCUGCGCUGGCAUUUCUUUGAAGACUCAAGAACUCUAUGCUAUUGUUUUUUCUGCUCGGUACUUGGAUAUUUUUACUGAUUUUAUCUCACUAUAUAAUACCAUCAUGAAAUUAAUCUUCCUUGGGAGCUCGUUUUUAAUUGUCUGGUACAUGAGGCGACACAAAAUUGUUCGUAGAUCAUAUGAUAGAGAGCAAGACACUUUUCGCCACUUUUUUCUCAUACUGCCAUGCCUACUUUUAGCCCUAUUUAUUCAUGAGAAGUUCACCAUUAAGGAGGUAAUAUGGACUUUUUCAUUAUAUCUGGAGGCUGUUGCCAUACUUCCUCAGCUGGUAUUAUUGCAGAGAACUAGGAAUAUUGACAACCUGACAGGGCAAUAUGUUUUUCUUCUUGGUGCAUACCGGGCAUUGUAUCUAGUCAAUUGGGUUUAUCGUUACUUUACUGAGCCACACUAUGUACACUGGAUAACUUGGAUAUCUGGGCUUGUUCAGACAUUACUAUAUGCAGAUUUCUUCUAUUAUUACUUCCAAAGCUGGAAGAAGAAUGAGAAACUCCACUUACCAGCUUGAGUUCUUGAUUCAUUUAAGCAACCCGAUGGUUUGGUGCAGGUUCAGGUUAUAUGAAUAUUCAUUUCUUUGAAUCCAUUUGUGUUGCAUUGCUGGGCUUGUCAAACAAGAGGCAAGCUUUUCUUUUCUUUUUUUUUUCUCUGUAAAGGAGGAUUUGGAGCCAGGGUAUCAUAUCAUUUCUAGAUAAUGUGGGAAAAAGCAUUUUAUAUCUAGCACUGCAACAUGUUCUUUUAUUUAUCAAAAAAAAAAAAAAUGCAACAUGUUCUUUUAUGUAACAACUAGGGGCUACAGUCCAUCUUCCUUUUUGGUAUUCCAUUUUCUAAAAAUAUAUUGAAUUAGAAAUUAUUCUAUGGCACAA